CAGAUACCUGUUUUAGUAAAAAGUUUUAGGUUAUGUGUCAAAAUUAUAUCAAAAUAUGUCAUAACGAUGUUAUCAAACAACUAAUCUUGUAAAUAUGGAACUUGGUGAAGAAGAUAUACUUAAAUAUGAAGAUACACUGGAGAAUCUAACAGUUUUAACCAAAGAAUCCAAGGAAACAGAAAUCGUCCCUCCAGUAACAGAUAAAUUAAAAAAAAUCCAGCAAUACAUUUACAGAAAUCGAAGUGGAGCUGAUUUAACAAUAUGCAUAUUAAUUGCUGCAUUAAAAUCAUAUAGAACUGACAAAUGUCUUAGGCCAUUUCCUCCUAUGUUUAUUAAGAAUAAUGAAAAAAACUUUCAACAAUUGAAAAACGUCUGUGAUAUAAUACCAACCAUCAAAGAAAUCCUUAGUAAGAAUGCAAAUAUAUCUGAAGAAGUUGUAGACUUAUUAUAUUGGUUAUUAGUUGAAAAAAAUUUUCCUUUGUUAAAACCAUGCAAUCUAACUGAAAUACCUUUAAAAACCAAGAAUAAAAACCUUGAGCCACAAUAUGUAUUUGAAGUAUGUUAUCCAAAAUCAGCAGAUGAAGCAUUUAAAAAUCGUAUUGGAAAAAAACAAGUUUUACAUGCUUAUCAUGGAAGUGCAAUGGAUAAUUUUUAUUCAAUUUUAAAAGUAGGUUUACAACAGCAUUUUAGCGUUGGACGAGAGGUAUUAUUUGGAAAUGGAGUUUAUUUAUCCAGUGAAAUAUCAGUAUGCACUCAAUAUGCUCCAUUUGGUAAAACGUGGAGAAACAGCUCAUUAGGAUAUAAACACAGUAUUAUUACCAUUUGUGAGAUUAUUAAUGACAUAGGAAAAGUUAAAUGUAAAGAUGCCCAAAAUAAAAAUAGGUCCCAUAAUGAUCAAAGUUAUGGAGAAAUCCCGGAAAAAUAUUUUGUGGUUACUGAUAGUGAUAUGUUGAGAGUGAAAUAUUUAAUGGUAUACAGUUGUAAAAACAAAAAAUCUGUAAAAUCAUUUAUAACCAAGCAUUUAUUUUACAUUAUUUUAAUUGUAUACUUUUUCAUGCUGGUUGUUAUUGGAUUUUUUAGGGACCCCAAUUGGUCCAGGGUUUUUAGAUGGUUAAAAUAAUUUAUUUAUGUUCCUAAUGUUAAUAUUUAAGGAAAU